CACGUAGCAAACCGGUGUCUGAGGCUAAAAAACCUAUUCACAAUAAUGUCCAAAGCGAAACCAGGCCCGGCAAUCCAAACGCUCAUCAUGCUGUACAAAAGCCUUGUCCGUAGUCUUAUGGACUACGGAUCCAUAGCUUACGGUAGCUCAAGCAAGUCUAACUUAGCGAAGCUAGAUGUGAUUGGCCGCUCUAUCCUUAGGACGAUCCUUGGCUCGAGACAAUCCACACCGGUGGAAAUCCUGUACGCCGAAACAGGCACAGAACCCUUCCUGUGGAGAACCAGAUGGUUAACAAGCAAGUACCUGGUUAAAAUGAGCCACAAGCCCCGCAACCCAAUGUACGAACUGGCUAUGCAACUCGUCACUUCCGAAACGGUUUGGAAGACUAGAAGCACCCCCGGCUUAAUGAAAGAAUACGAAGCAAUAAAAGGGCUAGGGAUCAAACUUUUCCUCCCCCAAUCAGCGCUACCAUCAGAAUAUCAAUACCCGUCACCUAGCCGACUUCCUCUGUGCAGAACCGCUUGGUUCCCCUUAACCAAAAAACAGGCAAUGGCGUGUAGAACACGGACGACGACUCUUUUCUCAGCCCUCAACCAACAAAUUCCACCUUCCACGAUCAGGGUCUACACAGACGGUGCAAAAUCAGCUGACCCCGACAAAACAACAUGCGCGGUAUAUAUACCGUCCUUAGGUUUUGAAAAAGCGUGGACCCUAACCGUAGGGUCUAGUGUCUUCACGGCAGAACUGAACGGCAUACUGCAAGCGCUAAAGCACAUAUAUAACCUCGACGACCAUCCUCCUGAAGUAAUAGUGUUCUAUGACUCAAGCUCAGCAAUGCAAACAGUAGCAUCAUUCUCGUUAUCUGAUAACGAAGCAGUCACAAGCACCCACGAACUGAUCGCGAACCUCAAAUCCAGCGGUACACGGACGACACUAAUUUGGAUCCCGAGCCAUACGGGGAUAGAUGGAAACGAGAAAGUAGACAAACUAGCUUCAGAAGAGUGUGGCAAUCAAAACAGCAACGAAACCACCAACCGACUAUCUCCAAGCGAAAUUAUAUCUACGAUCAAAUCCAAUUGGGCCGCGAGCUUCCUCCAGAGUCUACGCUCGUGCCAAAAGAGCUGAUACGAAUGAGAACCAGGCUGGGCACCAUAAAGUGGCACCAACACAACAAUCGGAAGGUCGCUGUAUGCCUCCACAGGUUAAGAUCCGAACACAACUACUUGAAUUCCUUCGC